CUCAUCCUGGUGUAUAAAAGGAGCGCACACUCUGACGCUCCAAGACGCUUUUUUUUUUUUUACUCCAUUUUCACCCGACACGGAUAAAAACAGCAGUUCACAGCCAAGAUGAGACUGUACCUUGCAGCUGCCGUGCUCAUGCUGGCGUUUGUCGCUUACACAGAGGCUCAGGAUGCUCCUCAGGACGACUCGUUCGCCAACUUCCAGGAUAAAAUGACGGAGUUCGGCAGGGGCGUGGCUGACAAGGCCCGGGACACCAUCGAAACCAUAAAGAACAGCGAAUUUGCGCAGAAAACCCACAACUGGUUCACGGACAGCUUCCAGAAGCUGAAGACCAAGUUUUCUGAGCUGUCCCAAGACUGAGGAGGUGGUCCAUGUCUCCUCACCUGCCCCCCCCCCCCCCCACACACCUCAUCAUGCUGAGAGGCCAUGUUGGCCAGAUUAAACAGUUUGUGAAAUUUUUGUUUUAAUCUGUUCGGAGUUAAAUGUAAAAAAAAAAAAAAGGUGCAAUAAAAAAAAAACCAUCAAAUGUGUAUAUUUUAUUUCUGUUAACAAUAUUUCUCUAUGCAAAUAAAGCAAGGAUUUGUGUACAAACUAAA